CUCUCGCUGAUCGACAUCAUCACGCUCGACGCCCUCUUGGGCCACGGGACCCUCAAGCAGCUGCUCAUCGUGCACCAUACCGACUGCGGCGCGACACAUUUCAAGGACGAGGACUUGAAGGCCGAUACGAUUGCGCGGCAUCCGGAGAGGAGGGCGGAAAUCGAGGCUUGGCCACCGAUCUCGUUUCACGACAAGACGAUCGCUGAAAGCGUGAAGGAGGAUAUUGAGGCCGCGCAGCAGAGUGAGCUGCUACCCGAGGCUCUGAAGAAGGGGGUGCGGGGAUUCGUGCUCGACAUCAAGACGGGUGUCGUCACUGAGGUUUGA